AUGCUUAAUUUACCUUCACAACAAAGUCAAGUGUCUAAUGCAAAUGCAUCAGAUAAUUCCGACAAAAAAAAACAAUCUUUUAGUCGUCUUCGUAUUAUGAAAGAUUUCUCUGAAUUAGCAACAUUACCUUCAACAUGUGAAGUGACACAACCAGAUAUAAGUGAUUUUUCUCAUUUUACAGUAACAAUAUCACCUGAUGAUGGAUUUUAUAAAGGUGGUCGUUUUAUAUUUUCAAUUUUAAUUUCACCGGAUUAUCCAUAUGAGCCACCUAAAAUAAAAUGUACACAAACAAUUUAUCAUCCAAAUAUUAAUCCUAAUGGAAAUGUUUGUUUAAAUAUUCUCAGAGAAGAUUGGAAACCUAUGUUAACUCUAGUAACGGUUGUUCUUGGAUUGGUUUUUCUCUUUUUGGAGCCAAAUCCCGAUGAUCCAUUGAAUCAUGAAGCUGCUGCAGUCUUUAAAACAGAUGUAAAUACAUUUAAAGAAAAUGUUUGUAAAACAAUGGCAGGACCCAAAUAUAAGCGUCAUGCAGCCGUUAUUCUUCCUUUAUUUCGUCGUGGAAAAAUCUUAAAUAACUACGAUUUAAUUCUUGAUUGUACUGAUAAAUUGCUCGAUCAAUGGCGUUCAAAAACUGAUAUUGAUCCUGAUCAUGUUUAUCUAAAUAUUGUUGAUCAAUGCCAAAAUUUAUCAUUGUCAAUCUUUGGUUUUCUGGCGUUUGAUUAUGAUUUACAAACAAUAGAAGAGCCAAACAUUAAUAAGAAAAAUCAAUUAACAAAGGCUUUAAAUGAUUUUCUACAAGUAUUUAUUCAAACAAUUCGUUUACCGAAUUUCAUCGCUAAACUCUAUCUAAAACUUAGUUCUCGAUAUCAACGUGCAAAAGCAACUAUUGACCAAUAUUUGAAUCAAAUCAUGGAACAUGAACAAAGAAAACCAACAGAACAAAUUGCUGAACAAAAAAGAACUAGUUUAAUUGCAUCAUUGAUUACUUCUUUACAACAAGAUGAAAAAUUGGAAGCAGCAAAACCUGAACAACAAAAGAAAGGUUUAUCUCGUGCAGAAGUAAUUGAUGAGUUGCUUCUCUUUCUCGUGGCUGGAUCAGAAACAACAGGAAGUGCAAUUGCUUGGUUCAUUUAUUUAAUGAGUAAACAUCCUCGUGUACAAGCUAAGAUUAAAGCAGAACUUGGUGAUAAUAAACAUAAUCAUAUGACUGUCGAACAAGUCGAGUCCUUGACUUAUCUGGAUUGUGUUUUACAAGAAGUUUUUCGCUUUAUUCCACCUGUUGCCGGUACAACUCGUAUAGUAACUGUCGAUGAUCGAUUACCUGGAAGUGGUGUUCAAUUGCAUAAGGGUGAUGAAUUGCUCAUUUCAUUCUACAAUUUGACUAGAGAUAAUCGAUGUUGGAAAAUAGAUCCCGAUUUGUUCUAUCCGGAACGUUUUCAAAGUGAAGAUGUAAAUCAUCAUUCUUAUGCAUCAAUUCCUUUUGGUGGUGGUCAUCGACAAUGUAUUGGUCAAGAUUUAGCUCGUUUUGAGUUAAAAGUAAUCACAACAAGAUUAAUGCAAUAUGUCACUUUUGGUGAUGCUGGUGCAGAAGUCAAUAGUGGUGGAUAUGCUCAGAAAGUGAUUACUACACCUAAAAAUGUAGGUGUUACCAUCACAUUCGAUUAA